AUGUAUCAAAUGCUUCUGGGCCGCUCCAGACCAGCCCUUGGCAACGUCGGCCAACGGCUGCAGUCGGCGGAUUCCUCGCAACGGCGCCGCUAUAUUGCCCGGUCGGAUACCUACCGCAAGGACAGUUCCGAGCCGGGCCACAUCCCCCUCAGUUCCCUCCGCGUGCAGGGCGCCGCCUGGGGCGUGGCGGGCGCCGGCAUGUUCGCGACCCUGCAUGGGGUCUAUAUGAUGCUCCGCUCCUUCCGCCAGAUUCGAUACCUCUAGCCGGUGGCUGGGGGGUGAGGAAUAUGGCUCUGUGUACAUCAUUCCGCUAGCGUCAUUCAAAAAUUGACUUCAUUUGCAUGCUAAGACAUGGCAGCUGGGUUGGAAGCAGCCUGUUAGGCGGUGUUCAACGGGCAUAGCUGGCCCGAUAUUGGAUGACGGUCACUACAACCAGGCUGGGUGGGCUGUGGGAAUGAAAUCUCUCUCACGGUGAUGUGUGCCGUAGGGAUAGACACCAUGCG